GUGGAAAGCUCCUAAUUGAUCCCUCCUUCAUUUGUCUUCAUCGACCUACCAAUUUCCCCUCCAUACUCAUAUUAAUGAACCAAAACCAAAUACUGAUCUGUACAUUAAAACUAUACUUGAGGCUAUAUAUACAUGACUUCCGUUAGAAAACAGAAGAAGUUGAGAGAGAGAGAGAGAUGGGGAGUGGAAUUGUAGAAGAGUUUGGUGAAUUGGAUGGGGCGGCGUCAUCGUCAAGUGGCGUCCACUUUGUGCUGGUUCACGGGAUCGGCGGAGGCGCCUGGUGCUGGUACAAAAUCAAGUGUUUGCUGGAAAAUUCAGGCUACAAAGCUUCGUGUGUGGACCUUAAAGGCUCUGGUAUGGAUCUAACUGAUCCCAACGCCAUUCUCUCCUUCCAGGAUUACAACAACCCUCUUCUUCACUUCCUCUCAUCCCUGCCCCACAAUCACCAGGUGAUCUUGGUGGGGCAUAGUGCAGGAGGGCUUAGUUUAUGCGACGCUAUUCUCAAGUUUGGCAAGGACAAGAUCAAGCUGGCUGUGUUUGUUGCAGCCACCAUGCUCAAAUCGGGCUUUAUCACCCACCAAGAUAUUAUACAUGGUUCGCCAGAUUUAUCUAGGUAUGGUAAAAUGAAGGAGGUGUACGACAUGGAAUUCGGAUUAGGAGAAGGAUAUCCUCCCACCUCUGUGAUGGUUAAAAGGGAACUACAGCAAAACAUCAUUUACCAAUUGUCGCCUCAACAGGAUUCGACUUUAGCAUUAAUGCUGGCAAGGCCGGGGCCAAUUCAGGCAAUAAUGGCGGCUCAAUUUGGCGGCGAUGAGAAAUUGGAUGAGGUGCCUCGAGUCUACAUCAAAACGACGCAGGAUAACGUGAUCAAAUUAGAGCAGCAAGAGGCGAUGAUCGAGAGAUGGCCACCGUCUCAAGUUUAUGAGUUGGAAAGUGAUCACAGCCCUUUCUUCUCUGCUCCAUUUUUGCUCUUCGGUUUGUUGGUCAAGGCUGCAGUUUCUCUGGGAUAGUUGUUAACUAACAAAUGAAUGUCAUGUCAUGUCUGCAAAGAUAUGAAGAAACUCCAUAUCCCAAAAAAUAAUUUGUCAUCUUCGAUAAUGGAGCAAUUUAAUUGCAUCAUUCAACAAAAUAAAA